CGCCCAGAGGAAGGAAGGCAAGAGAAAGGAACCCUGAAGUCAAGAUGGAGAGUGCUAGUUGCUCAGCUGCCGCUGUGGGGAACGGGGACAUGCGAUCCCAGCGGGACCUGAGCCUGGUGCCUGAGCGGCUUCAGAGACGUGAACAAGAGCGGCAACUGGAGGUGGAAAGGCGGAAGCAAAGGCAACAGAGCCAGAAGGUGGAGGAGGAGAAGAGCGACUUUUUCGCCGCUGCCUUCUCCCGGGAGCGAGCGGCGGUGGAAAAGCUUUUGGAGGGCGGGGAGUCCGCCGAGCGGCUGGAGGAGGCGGCCGCCCGACUCCAGGGGCUGCAGAAACUUCUCAACGACUCGGUUUUGUUCCUGGCCGCCUACGAGCUGCGGCAGGGACAGGAGGCGCUGGCGCGGCUGCAGGCGGCCCUAGCAGAGCGGCGCCGGGAGCUGCAGCCCAAGAAGCGUUUCGCUUUCAAGAGCCGGAGGAGGGAUCCCGCACCCGCCACCCAAGUGGACGCGGCUCCUGGUGCUCCGAUGGCAGAAGGCAUUCUGGCCUCUGCAUCCUCCAUGAAGGGGGAGCGAGGCUUCGGCUCUGUCUGGGUCUGUGGCUUCUCCAAUCUGGAGUCUCAAGUCUUGGAGAAGAUAGCGGAAGAGCUGCACCAGCGCGACGUGCUUUUGACCGAGCUGAGCAACUGCACGAUCAGGUUGUACGGCAAUCCCAAUACCCUGCGGUUGACCAGGGCCCGAAACUGCACCGUCCUCUCCGGGCCGGUGUCCACCUCUGUGUUUUUGGAGGACUGCAGUGACUGCGUACUGGUCGUGGCCUGCCAACAGCUCCGCAUCCACACUACGAAAGACACCCGCAUCUUCCUGCAGGUGACUAGCAGGGCCAUUAUAGAGGACUGCAGCGGGAUCCAGUUCGCCCCUUACACCUGGAGCUACCCGGGGAUCGACAAGGACUUCGAGGGCUCUGGCUUAGAUCGGAGCAAAAAUAACUGGAACGACGUUGACGAUUUCAACUGGCUGGCCCGGGAUGUGGCCUCCCCAAACUGGAGUAUUCUUCCUGAAGAGCAGCGAAUGAUCCAGUGGGACUAAGCAGUUGUCACUCUGUUCAUCACUUCUACCACAUAUUCCGUGUGGGACUGACUCCAGCUAAUGAACCCCAAAGUUUACUUUUUAUCCCAUUUUGCAUGUUUUCGGGAUAUUAAGGCUAGAAAUUGUGGUAGGCUCUACUUGUGAUUUCCGUUAAAUUCAUGAAAGGCGUAGUAUUUUAAAACAAUUUUGUUAUUUUGGUACUGACUAGAAGGUUUUAUUUGAUUAUGAUAGGUUGAAGAAGUAAGGGGAGAAGGGUGUGGGAGUGUGUUGGUUUUUGUUUUUUAUUUUGCUUCAAAUGAAGGUUUACAGAGCAAAUUCGUUUCUCAUUAAACAAUACACAUACUGUUUUGUGACAUUAGUUGCCAACCCCAUGACAUAUCAGCGCUCUUUCCUUCUCAACCUGGGGUUCCCUGGGUGUGUUGAUUUCUAAUGACUUGUAAUAUUUAAAGCCUAGUACAGUGCAUGAUAAGGCAGGCCUUCAAUUAAUAUUUAAUAAAGGAAUUCAGUAGGGCUCUCA